AUGACAACUCCUGAGUAUCAUCAAUGGUGGGCUAGAAGGAUUAAUGAUAAUAUACCUAAGUUAAAUCAGGAAGAAGGCCAGUCAAUAGAAGAGCACUUGAGAGUCAUUCCUUCUAAGUUGGAAAUUAUAAAGCAAGAUUUUGAAAGUAGAAAUGCAGAGUUGGAGAAAAAGAUAGAACAAAUGGAGGCGGAAAAGAUGAACUUAAGAUUGGAUAUAGAUGUUCAGAAGCUUGAAAAUGAAAAGUUAAAGAAAGAGAAAAGCAAGGCUGAGGAUGAGCUGGAGUUGAAAGCUAGCUUGAGCGAGAUUGAAGAAAUGGAGAAAAGAAUUGAAGAGUUAGAGAUGGAGCUGCAAAAUUAUGAGAUCCAGAUCAAGCACUUAAAAGCAAACGAGAGUCAUAGUAAUGAACAGCUUCACCAUUUUCAGAAUCAAGUUAGAAGCAGAGAUCAUCUUAUUGAGGAAGCUGUAGUCCAGACUCGAGAAGUAGCUGACCAUAUACAGACGUUAGCAGUACAAGCUGACACGCUGAGUGUGAAGUAUGAAUUAGAGUCAGAUCGAGGGCAAAAAUUGGCUUUGUUACUUAGAAAGAUUAGAGUUUUGAGUACUAGGGCAAGGUCGUAUUUGUAA